AUGAUAUAAGAGAAAAAAUAUUUUAAUAAUAUAAAACAAUUUUUAAACUCUUCACUUUAAUAGUUUUAGGUUCUCCAUAUUGCUCUAUAAAAUUGUGGAAAUUAAAUUGGUGACGAUGGUGUUUAAAACUUAGGUCUUGGUUUAGAAUAGUGCACUAAUCUCUCAAAUUUGGCUCUUGAUCUAAGCUACAAUAAAAUUGGUGAUAAAAAUGUAUCAGACUUAGGUUCUUGUUUAGGAAAGUGCAAGAAUCUCUAAAAUUUAGCACUUAAUCUUGAGUACAAUUAAUUUGGUUUAAUUGGAGCAUAAGGCUUAGGUUUUGGUUUAGGAAAUUGCACUAAUCUUUCAAGUUUGGAUCUUCUUUUAAGUUCGAAUUAAAUUGGUUUUGAAGGUGCAUAAGGCUUAGGUUUUGGCUUAGGAAAAUGCACUAACCUCUCAAAUUUGACACUUGAUCUUAGUUGGAAUUCAAUUGGUGAUGAAGGUGUAUAAGGCUUAGGUUCUGCUUUAGUAAAGUGCGCUAAUCUCUCAAAUUUUUAACUUGAUCUUUUUGGAAAUAAAAUUGGCGAUAUAGGUGCAUCAGGCUUAGGUUGCGAUUUAGAAAAGUUCACUAAUCUCUUCAAUUUGACACUUGAUCUAAGGUAUAAUUAAAUUGGUGCAAUUGGUGGGUCAGGCUUAGGUUCUAGUUUAGGAAAAUGCACUAAUCUCCAAAAUUUGACACUUAUUCUAGAUGGAAAUUAAAUCGGUGCAAAUGGUACAUCAGACUUAGGUUCUGGUUUAGGAAAGUGCGUUAAUCUCUCAAAUUUAACACUUUGUCUGAUGUCUAAUUAAAUUGGUGCAAUUGGUGUAUCAGGCUUAAUCUCUGGUUUAGGAAAAAGCACUAAUCUCUCAAAUUUAAAACUCAAUCUUUCUUCUAAUUAAAUUUGUGAUGAAGGUUCAUCAAGCUUAGGUUCUGGUUUAGGAAAUUGCACUAAACUCUCAAAUUUGGCUCUUUAUCUUGAGUCUAAUUAAAUUGGUGAUGAAGGUUCAUCAAGCUUAGGUUCUGGUUUAGGAAAUUUGACUAAUCUGUCAAAUUUAACCCUUGAUUUUUCUAGGAAUUAAAUUGGUGAUAAUGGUGCAGAAGGCUUAGGUUUUGGCUUAGGGAAGUGCACUUAUUUCUCAACUCUGAAGCUUCGUCUAUAUGGAAAUUAAAUUGGUGACAAUGGCGCAUAAUGCUUAGGCUCUGGUUUAGGAAAAUGCAUUAAUCUUUCAAAUUUGAUUCUUCACAUUUCUAAAAAUUAAAUUGGUCAUGAUGGUGCAUAAGGCUUAGUUUAUGGUUUAGGAAAGUGCACUAAUCUUUCAAAUUUAAGGCUUGAUCUUAGUAAAAACAAAAUCUAUCAAUCUUAAUAAUUGAAAGUAAAGUGUCUCAAAUAAAAAAGAUUAGUUGCCUUAAAAAUAAAAUCUAUUUGA